AUGCGCCGCGGGGGUGGUGCCAAGAGGUUCGUCCAAGCCUUUUGCCACCAUUUUACAGGCUCAGAUCUUGGAGCUGCGAGAGCCGGGCGACCGCUGACCGGGUUCCAGAGACGAGGUGAUAGGAGGUGAUUAUUUUUCACCAGAAUGUACAGGACAAAAGUGAGCUUAAAAGAUCGCCAGCAGCUCUAUAAAUUGAUCAUCAGCCAACUGCUUUAUGAUGGUUAUAUCAACAUUGCUAAUGGUCUCAUCAAUGAAAUCAAGCCUCAGUCUGUGUGUGCACCCUCUGAACAGCUCCUCCAUCUCAUCAAACUAGGAAUGGAAAAUGAUGAUAGUGCUGUUCAGUAUGCAAUUGGACGCUCAGAUACAGUUGCUCCUGGCACAGGAAUUGACCUGGAGUUUGAUGCAGAUGUUCAGACCAUGUCCCCAGAGGCUUCAGAAUACGAAACUUGCUAUGUUACAUCUCAUAAAGGACCAUGCCGUGUGGCAACUUACAGUAGAGAUGGACAGUUAAUAGCUACUGGAUCUGCUGAUGCCUCAAUAAAGAUACUGGAUACAGAACGAAUGUUAGCAAAAAGUGCUAUGCCAAUAGAGGUCAUGAUGAAUGAGACUGCCCAGCAGAAUAUGGAAAAUCAUCCUGUUAUCAGAACUCUAUAUGAUCAUGUGGAUGAAGUUACAUGUCUAGCCUUCCACCCAACGGAGCAAAUUCUAGCAUCAGGUUCAAGGGACUAUACUCUUAAGUUGUUUGAUUAUUCCAAACCAUCUGCCAAAAGAGCCUUCAAAUACAUUCAGGAAGCUGAAAUGUUGCGUUCAAUCUCAUUUCAUCCUUCUGGAGACUUCAUACUUGUUGGAACCCAACAUCCAACCCUUCGACUUUAUGAUAUCAAUACAUUUCAAUGUUUUGUGUCUUGCAACCCUCAAGAUCAACACACCGAUGCAAUAUGUUCAGUUAAUUAUAAUCCUAGUGCCAACAUGUAUGUGACUGGUAGCAAGGAUGGCUGCAUCAAAUUAUGGGAUGGUGUCUCAAAUCGUUGUAUUACCACUUUUGAGAAGGCACAUGAUGGUGCUGAAGUCUGCUCUGCAAUUUUUUCCAAAAAUUCGAAAUACAUUCUUUCAAGUGGAAAGGACUCUGUAGCUAAACUAUGGGAGAUUUCAACUGGACGAACACUAGUCAGAUACACAGGUGCUGGUUUGAGUGGACGACAAGUACAUCGAACUCAAGCAGUCUUUAACCACACAGAAGAUUAUGUAUUACUUCCUGAUGAAAGGACGAUUAGUCUUUGCUGCUGGGACUCACGAACAGCUGAACGAAGAAAUCUACUUUCCCUGGGGCACAAUAAUAUUGUUCGUUGUAUAGUACACUCUCCCACCAACCCCGGCUUCAUGACUUGCAGUGAUGACUUCAGGGCUCGGUUUUGGUAUCGGAGAUCAACCACAGAUUAGAGAUUCCUUCUUUGAAUAUUAUUUUCUCUCGUGCUCCCCAAUCUGCCCCAUUACUUUAUAUAGUAUAUAUCUAUAUGUAAAAUUUUUUAAAAAGUAUUUCUUAAUUCAUUGUACCAUCUUAUGGCAGUCGUGGUGCCAACACUAGAGCCUUCCUGAAUUAGUACAAAAUUCUUUUUUUACCUUGACUUAGAAUCAUGGUGGAAAAAGUUGGAAAUGCAGAUAUAUGCAGUUGUUCCACAUUCACUGAUUAUUACAGUGUGAUCAUCACUAAGUACAAUACUUACCAGUUGCUCACAAUAGUUAAUCCUUUUUAUAAGGAAAAAUUUUUUACAUCUUUUCGGAUUCUUGAAACAGUCUGUCAUCAAGAAUUUUCUUUUGGCUUGUUAUCUAAUGCACUGUUAUCCUAUUACAUUGAAUGACUUUAGGAAAAAAUAGCUUUGAUAGCUGCAUUUGGUGCAUUGGUGGUCCUGCAUUUCUGAGAACAAAUAAUUGUGCCAUAUUUAAGACCUCUUUUAAAAAUAGCAAUUCUACCUAAAAUAUUAUUCCAGUAAUAAAACUCAGAUCUGCAAUA